ACUAGUCAGUGCUAGUCGGUACGUCUGCCAGUCUUAUAGCUUCGCUCUCAUUAAUAGUCUAGUCAGUUUGGCAUUGACCGGUGACUUGAGCGUACGUACUAUCGCACUCUGGGCGACCGCGAAAGAUCAACAUAUUUACGAUUCAUUUCGCAAUUAUUAUAAUGUUUUAACUUAAUGUUUUCAUGACAAUGUGGCUAAAAUUAUUACUUUGGACUUUUGUGUGCGGUGUUUGGACUAGGAACAUUGAGAAUCGUGAAACAUCGACCGAUGUCGAUCAAAGUUAUGGACAGAGAGACAACGAGACUUAUCGGGAUGGACACAGAUAUUAUAGACGACGUAAUGAAACAGAUAUGAACACGGAUCACUCGAACGAGAACAAUGAUAGCACAAUCUAUAAAGGUCCGCAAAACAGAAGACUAUGGAACAGAGGUGACGUAAACAUUAAACCGGUCACAGAAAGCAUCACAGACGGCUAUAAUAACAAGACGUAUAAACAAAAACACACUACGCCCAGCUUCUACGAGGAAAUUACUCCAUUCACAAACAAGCCAAUUAAAAUUAAUACAGAUAUCGAUACAGAGAAAGUUAUUGAUAAAAAAAUCGAGGAUUUCGGUCCAAAGGUGGCGUACAGUGAAUCGCAAGGCGAUCGCGAUCAUCUUAAAGAAAGCGUGACACACAUGCGUGACCAUGACCAAGUUGGACAGAUAGACCACGGAAAGAAUGCUGUAAACCAAUUUGUUAACACAUCCCCAAGGUCCGGCAAUGACUUUAAAUCAGUGAAGGACAAUGAGGUGUCUUCAAGGCCGUCGAAUGGUUCGGAAGAUGGUUCAGGGCAAGACAAAUGGAUCUGGGGUGAGAGUAGUACCAAGCCCACAUCAAUCGUGACCCCGGCAGUGGACGACAGAGCCGCGUUCACAGGUGAUAAGUGCCCCACAGGACAAGUUAGGUUUAAUAACCGGUGCGUGGAUGUCGACUGAUCAGAAGCAUUCAUUCGCCAAACAUCACAAUCACUAUUUGAACAUCAUGAUGACUGUCGCAACGCAGAUUGAGAAAUAGCUCAUUUAAUAUACAAGUGGCAUAAUAAUUGUAGCUUUUGUCACAGAACUACAAGUAAUUAAUAGUAUUAUAACUAUAAAUAAUUUAUUUAUAAUUAUUUUUCUGCGUUCGGUUUGCAUUUGAUCUACGACAGACCGACGAUGGCGCAGGUAAAUAUUAACAAAGUUGUACACCUCAAUUGCAUUCACAAUUCUGUGUCUAUACGUUUUAUGAAUUAACUAGUUUCUGAGUUGUAAUAACAACCGAAAGACAGUUUAAAUCUCUACUAAUAUAUAAAUGUACAGUGGUUUUUACGGAUGGUCCGUUAUAACUACUGAACCGUGAAUCCGAUUGACUUGAAACUUGGUAUCCAUGUAGAAAAU